AUUAACUUGAAAGUAUCCCCUCUAGGUAGAUAGGUUUGGCGAUUGAAUUGAAGAAAUAAUUACGAGAUCACUAUUACCUCUCCGGGUUUCUUCAAUUCAUAGACGGCCGAGCUAUUAACCUCGCCGAAUCGUGUCACCCGAACAGCAGAUCCAAUCUCCAUUUUCGAUUCUCGAAGAAGAAAGAGGAACUUAUAUAAGCACCAAGGCAUUCGCGAUCUGACUUUUGGAUCUGUUUCCCUCAGGGUUGAAAAUGGCGAGGAAAGGGACGAGUAUGAGAUUAACGAGCUCCAGAAUCUCUUCCCUUUUGCUCUCAAUGUUCGCUACUUUCGCUUCCUUCUACGUCGCAGGCCGUCUAUGGCAAGAAUCGCAAACUAGGGUUCAUCUUAUAAGCGAGCUCCACAGAGUAACCGGACAGGGAAAAUCCGCCAUCUCAGUGGAUGAUACUUUGAAGAUCAUAGCUUGCAGGGAACAGAAGAAGACACUAGCAGCUCUUGAGAUGGAGCUCAGUGCAGCUAGGCAACAAGGCUUUGUUCCCAAACAUACUGAUGGAGCCGAAACUAAGAAAAGACCAUUGGUGGUAAUUGGUAUCAUGACAUCUUUGGGUAACAAAAAGAAAAGGGAUGCAGUCCGGCAAGCAUGGAUGGGGACUGGUGCAUCAUUAAAGAAAAUUGAAACUGAAAAAGGUGUGAUUGCACGGUUUGUUAUUGGAAGAAGUGCAAACAAAGGGGACAGCAUGGACAAGAGCAUUGACGCUGAAAACAGUCAAACCGAUGACUUCAUUAUUCUUGACGAUGUAGUUGAGGCACCCGAAGAAGCUUCUAAAAAGGUAAAACUGUUCUUUGCCUAUGCUGCGGAUAGGUGGGAUGCACAGUUUUAUGCAAAGGCCAAUGAUAAUAUCUACGUAAAUAUGGAUGCACUCGGGAGUACACUUGCGGCACUUCAAGGGAAGCCGCGGGCUUACAUCGGUUGCAUGAAAUCAGGCGAAGUUUUCUCAGAACCGAACCAAAAAUGGUAUGAACCAGAAUGGUGGAAAUUCGGCGACAAGAAAGCAUACUUCCGGCAUGCUUACGGGGAGAUGUACGUUAUAACUAAUGCAUUGGCUAGAUUUGUAUCGAUCAAUAGAGACAUACUUCAUGCUUAUGCUCAUGAUGACGUGAGCACGGGGUCAUGGUUCGUGGGACUUGAUGUGAAACAUGUAGAUGAAGGAAAGUUUUGCUGUUCUGCUUGGUCCUCAGAAGCUAUAUGUGCAGGAGUGUAGUAGGACCAAGUUUACAGAGAAAGAAUUCAAGUGUGAGGCUUUGCUGCUUAUAGAGAAGCUCACAACAUAUUUGUCUGAUAAAAGGCUAAUUACACCAUUUAGUUCUUUUGUAACUUUAAACUUUACCAUCUUAUAACUACAUCCUUGCCCUUUUGUGGGUUGUGGCAUGAGUUAUUGCAUUAUGCUAUAAAAUGUAGUAGGUUUUGGA